AUGACAUCGCAACUGUUACCCCUUGAAUUGAUCGACAAAUGUGUUGGCUCCCGGAUCUGGAUCAUCAUGAAAGGUGACAAAGAAUUUGCUGGCACUUUACUCGGAUUCGACGACUACGUCAACAUGGUUCUCGAAGACGUGAUUGAAUUGUAG